UACGAAAUGACCAAAAUUGGGGCGAGUUGACUUGGGGACGAAUUGACUUGAUACCGGUGAUACAGUAACUUAUCGCCUCGGACAUGCUGUCAGGAUUAACAAGGUUGCGGGGAUGGACGUCGGGUCUGCAGUCAGUACGCCUGCUUACAGUACAAACUGACGCUAAGGUGGCUGUGGAUAAAGCUAUGCUGAGCAAGUUACGGAAGAAGACUGGAUACCCAAUGAUAAACUGCAAGCAAGCUCUAGAACAGUUCAACAAUGACAUAAAACAGGCUGAGUCCUGGAUGAGAGAGGAAGCCCAGAAAGCUGGCUGGGCGAAAGCUGGUAAACUGCAGGACAGGGCGAUGUCUCAGGGUCUUGUUGGAAUGAUACAGGAUGACUCUGCUGUUACAGUGGUCGAGGUCAAUUGUGAAACAGACUUUGUAGCAAAGAAUGAGAAUUUCCAAGCACUGGUUAACCAGCUGGCUGAAGCCUGUCAUAGAAAUAUGGCUGCAAAAGGUGAAGAAAAGAUUGUUUUAGAAAAGGAUGCUGUGAAUUCUCUACCAGAUGAAGGGAAAACAUUGGCAGAUUACGUUGCUUUAGAGAUUGGUAAUCUUGGAGAAAAUAUUGCAUUACGGCGAGCUGCAUAUAUAAGAAAUGAUCCGUCUACAAUAAUGAGUACAUUUGUCCAUGCAGCAGGUCCACAUAUUUCUAAGGACAGGUGUAAGAUGGGAAAAUUUGCUGCCAUUGUGAAACUCGAAGCUCCUGAUGUAGACGAUAUAGCCAAACAGUUGUGCCAGCAUGUAGUCGGAAUGAACCCAACAGAAAUAGGGGAAUGGCAAUUAAAACCAGUUAAUAAAAAAGAAGCAAAGAAAAAGAAGAAAGGAGAAAGUGAAUCUAAAGAAAGAGUUGAACCUGCGGAAGAAAAAAGACUUCUUGAUCAGGAAUUUUUGUUAGAGCCUGGUUUUACUGUAAGAAGUUUCUUGCAAGAUAAUGGACCUAAAGUGGUUGAUUUUGUUAGAUUAGAAUGUGGUGAGGAUUUAGGUGAAGAUGAUUGAGUAGUAACAGAUCACAUAAAAGUUGUUUUGACAAUAAAAUUGUUGUAAAAUAAAAAAUAUAUACAUGUA